CGCGCCUGCUAGCUGUGGUUGAUGCUUUGCCUGAUGCCAAUGGUGGAACGUUUUCACUCGUCCGAGCUGAUUUAAGCAUCAAUCCAUUGCAAACCUUUGGCCUGGCGAGGUACCUCACUUGUUGCAGCUCGUAGUUGAUAAUUUAUUCCCGACGAAUCGCGCGCGCAUUUGUGGAACAGGGGUUUUGUGCGUGUUAGAACCGAAUUUGGAACCAUUCGACAAACCAACAGGGCGACCUUGAUCAGAAUGUCGGACAAACCGAAUGACCAAACGGAGGUGAAAAAUUCCGUCGAAAUUCCACUGGCUGGACAAAGCACCGAGGCUGGAGCGAAGAAGCCCCCGUGGUUGGCUCUGAAAAAGUAUGUGAAUGCCAAAAAUGUGAGAAGAUUGCUCAAGAUAGGACAAGUGCUCAUCGGGGUAGUAAUCCUAGCGUUGAUUCGCCCCAGGAAUCGGUGUGGAUUCUUCUACAACCAUCAAGGGAUCCCGGAGUAUGUGCUGAUUAUGCUUACCUACAUGGUUACGGUCAUAACCCUAGUUCUGCUGGUGGAUUCCUUUGUCAAGGGUCAACCAAUUCGUAAGGUGUUCACCCUGGACCUGUGGUCCCGUUUGGAACUGUGGUUCACCGGAUUGGCAGCGUUGGUACUGCACAUCGUAUCCUACUUUGUACUGGCUCUGAACGUCAACUGUCCCUACGCAUCGCCGAACUGGACCGGAACCAGCUUCGGAUUGGUCGCUUCCGGACUUUACCUGGCCGAUUGGUGGCGCGUAUUCAGCGACAGGAAGCAACCAAAGCAAGACGAAGGCUUCGAGGAGAUCAACAUCACUUCGAGUUAAGAAUCCAACAGUUUACAAUAACACAUUACUUCCUAACUAAGCGUGACCAAAAGAGUGUUAUCUACCAUUAGCUGAAGUAGUUUAAUCAAACUGCACGAAACCCGUGCCAUAUACAUGUGUAUGUGUGUCUGAAUGAAUGCCGUUUUUCUCUAAACGAAAAAUGUAUGCAAUUCACAUUCUUCCAUGUAAUAAUUUUGCAGUUCACUGAGGGUAACUAUUUUAACCCGCCAUCUCGUACGAACCAUUCGGAAACGGAGACAUAUUAGAUAGAAAGUACAAGUCGUAACUAUUUAUAGCUAGUUUGAAGUAUUUUUAUUUAGAUUAAGAAACGCUUUUGAGAAAACAUUUAUUUUAUUUAAUCAUGCAUGUGCCAUAUGAGUUGAAAAUAAAACCAUGGAUAUCUGUAUACCAAUAACA